AUGGCACCUAUUGGAUUGCUUUCUACUACUAAGCACUGCACUGCGGCUUCAAGUUUGAAAGCCGUUCUCACCCUCUCAUUACCAAGAUCUCCUCAUAUUUUACUCCUGAUCUGUGUUGAGACAGACCAUCUGACAGGUGCCUUGUUUUAUUCUUCGGUCAAUGCUAUUAUCAAAGAGGGUGCACUGAUGUUCCUAAUGGAGCCCGGCUAUCAGAUAGCCGACAAUCUUACGACGAUAUUCCCUCUGUUGCUGUGUCUCAGAGGAACUCUAUCAAUGAAGGUCGCUGUCUUGGAGACCAAGGUAGACAUUGUGGACCAGAAAGGAGAUCAAAGUGUCACCCAGGGCCCUACCUUGACGAAAACAUAUACCUUCGCUCUGUAUUAG